GGUGUGCGUGGUGGCGGCCGCCCUGCUGCAUGCAGGCGGGCUGGCCCGCGGCGACUGCUGGCUGAUCGAGGGCGACAAGGGCUUCGUGUGGCUGGCCAUCUGCAGCCAGAACCAGCCGCCCUACGAGGCCGUCCCGCAGCAGAUCAACAGCAGCGUGGUGGACCUGCGGCUGAACGAGAACCGCAUUCGCAGCCUGCCGCAUGGCGUGCUCAGCCGCUUCGGCAACCUCACGUACCUCAACCUCACCAAGAACGAGAUUGGCUACAUCGAGGACGGCGCCUUCUCCGGCCAGUUCAACCUGCAGGUGCUGCAGCUGGGCUACAACCGCCUGCGCAACCUGACGGCGGGCGCGCUGCGCGGCCUGGGCAAGCUGGAGUACCUGUACCUGCAGGCCAACCUCAUCGAGGUGGUGACGCCCGGCGCCCUCUGGGAGUGCCCCAACAUCGUCAACCUCGACCUGUCCAUGAACCGCAUCCAGCGGCUGCAUGGCGCCACCUUCGCCGGCCUGGCCAAGCUGUCCGUGUGCGAGCUGUACAGCAACCCCUUCUACUGCUCCUGUGAGCUCCUGGGCUUCCUGCGCUGGCUGGCGGCCUUUGCCAACGCCACGCAGGCCUACGACCGCAUGCAGUGCGAGUCGCCGCCCCUCUACUCGGGCUACUUCCUGCUGGGCCAGGGCCGCCACGGCCAGCGCAGCGUCCUCAGCAAGCUGCAGUCUGUGUGCACCGACGGCUCCUACACAGCCGAGACCCGCCUGGCGCCGGGCCGCUCCCCGCCGCCGCCCCCUCCGCCGCCCUCCGAGCCCAGCGAGGCCCCCUGCGCCGACGACGAGUGCUUCUCCGGCGAUGGCACCACGCCGCUGGUGGCCCUGCCCACGCUCGCCACACAGGCUGAGGCCCGCCCGCUCAUCAAGGUCAAGCAGCUGACGCAGAACUCGGCCACCAUCACGGUCCAGCUGCCCAGCCCGUUCAACCGCAUGUACACGCUGGAGCACUUCAACAACAGCAAGUCGUCCACCGUGUCCAAGCUGACCAAGGCCCAGGAGGACAUCCACCUGCUCAACCUGUACGCGCUCACCAACUACACCUACUGCGUGGUGUCCAGCAGCUCUGGGCUGCACCACAACCACACCUGCCUCACCAUCUGCCUGCCCAAGCCGCCCGGCCCGCCGGGCCCGGGGCCCAGCCCGCCCACGGCCACCCACUACAUCAUGACCGUCCUGGGCUGCCUCUUCGGCAUGGUGCUGGUGCUCGGCGCCGUCUACUACUGCCUGCGCCGGCGGAGGCGCCAGGGGGAGAAGCACAAGAAGGCGGCUGCGGCGGCCGCGGCCGGCAGCCUCAAGAAGACCAUCCUGGAGCUCAAGUACGGCCCCGAGCUGGAGGCGCCUGGGCUGGGCCCGCUCCGGGGCCCCGAGGCCGUGGCCCGCAUCCCCUACCUGCCGGCAGCCCCCGGCGAGCUGGAGCAGCACAAGCUGGCAGGGAGCGGGGAGACGCCCAAGGCCAGCUACAUGGAGGUGCGCGCGGGGGGCCAGGCCGAGCGCGGGGACCGCGAGCUGGGCCGGCCCGGCCCUGACAGCCAGGGUUCAGCGGCAGAGAUCUCCACCAUCGCCAAGGAGGUGGACAAGGUCAACCAGAUCAUCAACAACUGCAUCGACGCCCUCAAGUCCGAGGCCGCCGCCUUCCAGGGCGGCAAGCCCGGGGCCGCGGGAGCGGCUGACCCGCAGCUGGUGCUGCUGUCCGAGCCGCUGGCCGGCACGCAUGGCUUCCUGUCGCCCAUCUACAAGGACAGCUUCAGCCACGGCCUGCAGCGGCACCACAGCACGGAGGCGGCCCCCGGGCCCCCGCGCGCCAGCACCUCGUCCAGUGGCUCAGUGCGCAGCCCGCGGCCCUUCCGUGCCGAGGCCGCCGGGCCGCAUAAGGCGGUGGCGGCAGCGGCGGCAGCCGAGGCCAAGUACAUUGAGAAGAGCUCACCCGCGGCUGACGCCAUCCUCACUGUGACGCCCGCGGCCGCUGUGCUGCGGGCUGAGGCCGAGAAGAGCCGCCAGUACGGCGAGCACCGGCACUCGUACCCCGGCUCGCACCCCGCCGAGCCGCCCACGCCCCCCGCGCCCCCACCCCACGAGAGCCUGGGCGGCCGCAAGGCAUCCAUCCUGGAGCCGCUGACCCGGCCUCGGCCCCGCGACCUGGCCUACUCGCAGCUGUCCCCGCAGUACCACCACCUGAGCUACUCCUCCAGCCCCGAGUACACCUGCAGGGCCUCCCAGAGCAUCUGGGGGCGCUUCAGACUGAGCCGCCGGCGGCACAAGGACGACGAGGAGUUCAUGGCGGCCGGCCACGCCCUGCGCAAGAAGGUCCAGUUCGCCAAAGAUGAGGAUCUGCACGACAUCCUGGACUACUGGAAGGGCGUGUCGGCGCAGCACAAGUCCUGAGCCCGCGCCCUCCCCGAAACCCGGGACGCAGGGCGCACCGGCCCAGCACAAGGCCUGAGCCCGCGCGGCGCCCACAUCCCCCCCGGAACCUGAGCUGCCGCUGGACCAAAAAGGACAAGACCCACUGUCUGUAGCCCAGAGACUCUCACAGAAACCCAACACACACACGCACACGCACACACAGACACACCCACGCCCACCCACACACACACACACUAGCCCAGGGCUUGCAGAGAAGGCGGGGAGGGGGCACCGAUGGUAAGGACGGGACGUGACCCGUGGCCGGGCGCGGGCAACUGCCCUGAGACACUCUCACCGGUGUGAGCGGCCUGUCCACACACACACUGUGCGCGCGCACACACGCGACUUCGGAAAACUGUGUCUUAGGGGUGGGGUGGGGGAGGGGAUUUUUUUUCAUUGUC